AUGGGCAACGUGCGUUGCAAGGUUAAAGGUGAGCGUCGUUUCGGGGCGCUCACCGUGAAGGAGCUUGACGGGGCGAUGAGCAUCCUCAUCAGGACUGUGCAGUCGCUGUCUUUCCCGGGGGAGUUGCGUCAGCUUCAGAAGCAACAGCGGAUCAGUUCCGAGAGCACGAUAUUGUCUCUCAAUCCAUUUCUGGACGAAGAGGGCAUCCUGCGAGUGGGGGGUCGUCUGCGAAAUUCGACCUUACCAUACAGCACAAAAUUUCCUAUCCUAUUACCCAAGAAACAUUUUUUUACAACUCUAGUAAUCCGAGACGCCCAUUACAGAAAUUUGCACGUGGGUGCUCAUACAUUGAUGUCAAUUUUGCGUGAAAAAUAUUGGAUUAUCUCCGCCGGAACGGCGAUCCGCGGCGUACUGCGUAAGUGUAUAUUGUGUUUCCGCAGAGCUCUGCGUAAAAUGGGACAAUUGAUGGGUAGUCUCCCCGCGGACAGGGUCGUGCCGUCGAGACCAUUCACGAACACAGGGGUAGAUUACGCCGGGCCAUUUUGCAUUAAGAUCUCGCGAAAUAAGACCGGAAAGGCGUAUCUGGCCGUAUUCGUUUGUAUGUCCACGAGGGCAAUUCAUUUGGAGAUUGUAUCCGAUUUAUCGACCCCCUGUUUUCUCAAUACUUUGAAGCGUUUCAUGUCCCGUCGCGGCAGGAGCGGGAGUAUCUGGUCGGACAAUGGUCGGAAUUUCUUGGGCGCCAAGAACGAAUUAGACGACCUUGGCAAAUUUCUGGAAAGCCAAAGAGGACAAUCUGAGAUCAUAGAAUUCGCGGCGGAGCAAUCUAUAGAAUGGAAAUUCAUUCCCCUGUACUCCCCCCAUAUGGGAGGAAUAUGGGAAUCAGCUGUUAAGGCCGCAAAGAAUCUAUUCAAAACAACAAUCAAUCAGACAUCACUGAGUUUUGAGGAGCUAACCACUGUAUUCGCUCAGAUAGAGGCAAUCUUGAAUUCCCGACCGUUGUCGCCCAUGUCGACCGAUCCGCACGAUUUUGCAGCCCUUACGCCGGGGCAUUUUCUGGUAGGAGCGCCGAUCGUGGCGUUACCGGAGAGGGACGUCACCUCAUUGACCGCGAACCGUUUGCGUAGAUAUCAACUAUUGACUCAGCUCGUUCAGAGCUUCUGGAAACGAUGGUCUCGUGAAUACCUGACACAAUUGCAAUUCCGAUCAAAAUGGAGACGUGCCUGUCCUAACUCUCACUUAAAGAUAGGGGCCUUAGUGCUCAUUCGCGAUGACAAUGCACCUCCAACUCAGUGGAGGCUCGGUCGGAUUACCGAGCUAAUACGCGGAAAGGAUGACUUGGUCCGAGUGGUCUCACUGCGCACGCAAGUAGGUGAGACAAAAAGGGCGAUAGCGAAGAUAUGUAUAUUACCGUUGGACGAGGAGCUUCCUCAUUAG